UUUUUUCCCCUAUGUGUUUUCCAUUAGAAGUCGAAGAUCAUUAGCAAUAUUGAACGGAAUUUUCAGCUAUAAAUUGUGCUGCCUGCCAGCCAAGAAGCAUCACAAGCUUUUGGAGCAGCGCACCGAGAGCUACUGAAACAACAACAAACCAACUGCAAAAUCAAAGCAUUCUAUUAUCAACAUGAAGGUCUUUGUCUGCUUGCUAGCCACCUUGGCUCUGGCUAAUGCCGGACAACGCGGAGGUGCAGGUGGCGGUGGCUAUCUGCCAGGCGGAGGACACGGUGGCGGCGGCGGCGGCGGUGGUGGCUUCAGGAAUGGCGCCGGACUCAUUUCGCAUGUGUCGCAGUCUCACGGCAACACAAAGGUGCACAUUGGUGGUGCUGGAGGUGGAGCUGGAGGCCAUGGUGGCGCCGGAGCCUAUGGCGGCGGCGGCGGCGGUGGUGGUGGCUGGCAGGGUGCCGGUGCUAGUGCUGGUGCUGGUGCUGGCGGCUGGCAGGGAGCCGGUGCUGGCGGUGGACGCGGCGGCUAUGGUGCUGGCGGCGCAGGAGCCGGCGGCUGGCAAGGAGCAGGUGCUGGUGGCGGACGCGGCGGCGGCGGCGGCGGCUAUGGCGGUGGUGCAGGUGCUGGUGGCUGGCAGGGAGCAGGUGCUGGUGGCGGACGCGGCGGCGGCUAUGGCGGUGGUGCUGGUGCUGGUGGCUGGCAAGGUGGUGCUGGAGGUGGCGGUGGCAAUGCCUGGGGCAAUCCAGCCUCUUUCGACUAUUCUGUGAACCAUGGCGCUAGCUCCUCCGUCGGUGGCGGCUCUCGCGGUGGAGCUGGCUGGUGGAACGAUAGCAAAAUGAAACCGUUCGCAUGCAUCUUUGUUAUCCUUGUUGCCCUGCUGGCCGGCAGCCAGGCCACGUUCGAUAGUCUCCUUGGCGGCGGCGGCGGCGGUGGCGGCGGCGGCAACAUCAAUGGCGCUGGUGGUGCUGGCGGCAUUGUCCAGCUGCUGCAGAGCAAACUGGGCAGUCUUGGCGGCGGUCUAGGCGGCGGUCUUGGCGGUGGUCAGAGCGGAGGACUUGGCGGUGGACUUGGUGGUGGACUUGGCGGUGGACUCGCCAGCAAGCUUGGUGGCGGCGGCGGCGCUGUUGGUGGUGGCUACUCUGGCGCACGUUCCGGCGGUUACUCUGCGGGCCCAUCCCGCGCCUACUCAGCUGGCCCAUCCCGCUCCUACUCAGCUCCAUCCAAGGUCAUCGUCCUGGAGGUGAUCAACCAGGCACAGAGCGGCGGUCAUGGCGGCUACUCCAGCGGCGGUGGCUAUGGUGGCUACUCGGGCAGCUACGCUCGCUCCUCCGGUGGUUCAGGCUGGAACAAGGGCUGGUAAACGGCCUCAGGCUCAAGUUCAAACAGGGAGUUUGGCUAGCAUCUGCAAUGUUUUCCAAUUAUUUCUAAGUUCCAAAUUUUUUUUUUUUUUUUUUUUUGUUUAUUAAAUGAUUUUAUAUGUUAAAAAUUACAAACUUUUGUUGCUAAUCUUAAGCUGAAUACAAACAGAGAAAUAUGAAUUGAUAUUGACGGCUUUUUAAUGAGGCAUCGCCGCCUAAAACUGGUUGGGAACG